AUGGACAUGUUAUAUCAAAAAUUGCUGUUGGGGACCACUACUCCUUUAUGGAGUACUGGUCUCGUCUCACCACUUUACGCUAUCAUAACUGAUACUCCCGUCAAAACUGGGUGCUCAGACGUAUUGGGCAGUUGUGAAAGUCCUGGCAGUUGUUCUGACUUCUUAUCUGACAUAUCAACAAGCCGAAGCCCGGAUUCUGGGAGAAAUUGUAUCUCAUCCAUUUCUGAUUUUGUGCCAGAGGACGUUCUUGAUUUUGUUGCUGACUACUCGGCACGCCGUUCAGAGGCUGAUACUGAGUUUGUGUAUGACGACCUCACUGAUGCAAACCCGACUUCUUACUUACCACAACCUACUGACUUCCACCUGCCUGAUGUGCUCGCAGAAUCUGGCAACACUGAUUGUUUAGAGUCAGAUUCGUACCCACGUGAUCUUAUCAUGUCGAAAGUUAGACGAAAUGUUCAUUCGAAACGGCGUCGAGAAAUUAAUCGUGAGGCGUCAAAACGUUAUCGACAAAGACUGAAGCAAAAGUCAUUGAAAACGCAACAAGAUCUUAGCCUUGUUAUUUCCGCAUAUGAGCAAUCCAAAUCGGCUUACGAGAAAGCUGAACAUGCUUUUGAUGUGUUGAAAAAUAUUGUUCUCGAUCUAAUUAAUAUUGUUCCUCGAAAUUGA